AUGUCUUAUCUACCGCCAGGAUGGACCCUGCAGCGACUCCAAACAGCAACAGUCGAUGAUCUACGCCAAAUACCAGAGGAAAGACUCCAUGAAAUUGAUGAAAGUUUGAUUCCCUUCGAAAAUGUUCCAGUCCGACAAGUCAUUGGCCGUGCAACCCAUAACGAACACCGACGAAAAGUUCGUGCAGAGCGCGGCCUGCCACCUGCCCCCGGGGUGCCGCUUUUUGAAAAGAACGACGAUCCAGUAGUGGAGGUAGUCGAAAGAGGAGGAUUUGACGACUUUGGAUUUAUCGUGUUUCGGACCGAUUACUCAGACGAAGAACGCUGGGAGCAGUGGCAGAAAGAGUUCCAGCGCAUUAUUGACGUCUCGAUGGCGAGUGCUAGCGGGGGAAAGAAAAUCGAAGACAAAUGCCUCUUACUAAACUACGAAGACGAGGACAUGGCUGGUGCUACUCAUGGGCAGAUUUUGCAGGAAUACCAUGAGUACCAAGAGAAUGAAAGUGUCCCCGAGGGACUUAAUACUGACAAGCCGUGGGUAUAUGCAUUGGACUUGUCAUUCGACCAUGAGAAUCCACUCGCAGAUGGAGAAUAUCCAGGCUAUUUCCGAGUUGCCGUUGACUCUGUAAUCACGGAGCUCUACCCCAUGCUCGCAGCAUUGACACCGUCAGAGCUUUGGCCUUCGGAUAACAUAAUAUGGGAGUCGGCUUUUUAA